AUGACACAUUACUGGCUCUCUAUUAGGAGUAUGGUUUUAGAAUGCUGGGCAGUUUUGCUCUGCUACAUCUUCUUGCUUCAGGACUGUCAAGGAAUGCCACAUGUCAUUCGAAUAGGAGGCAUCUUUGAGUUUCUGGAAGGACCCACUGGGCAGAUUGUCAGUGCAGAAGAACAAGCCUUUAGAUUUGCUGCAAACAUCAUCAACAGAAAUCGAACGCUAUUACCAAACACAACACUAACCUACGAUAUUCAGAGAAUCAAUCUCUAUGACAGUUUUGAAGCCAACAGGAAAGCUUGUGAUCAGUUGGCCCUUGGAGUUGUUGCCAUCUUCGGUCCAUCACACAGUUCUUCAUCCAACGCUGUCCAGUCUAUCUGCAACGCACUAGAAGUGCCUCAUAUUCAGGUCCGAUGGAAGCAUCAUCCCUUAGAUAACAGAGACUCCUUCUAUGUAAAUCUAUACCCAGACUAUGCCUCUCUUAGCCAUGCUAUUCUGGAUCUUGUGCAAUUUUUAAAGUGGAAGUCAGCCACCGUGGUCUAUGAUGACAGCACAGGUCUCAUCCGUUUACAAGAGCUCAUUAUGGCCCCUGCCAGAUAUAACAUCCGGUUAAAAAUUCGCCAGCUCCCCCCAGAGUCUGAAGAUGCCCGACCACUUCUGAAAGAGAUGAAGAGAGGAAGGGAAUUUCGCAUUAUUUUUGAUUGUAGUCACGUCAUGGCAGCACAAAUCCUCAGGCAGGCCAUGGCCAUGGGAAUGAUGACAGAAUAUUAUCAUUACAUCUUUACCACACUGGACCUCUACGCACUGGACCUUGAACCAUAUCGUUACUCUGGAGUAAAUUUAACUGGUUUCCGGAUUCUGAAUGUGGAUAACCCUUAUGUCAGCACCAUAGUAGAUAAGUGGUCAAUGGAACGUCUACAAGCCCCACCAAAGCCGGAGACUGGUCUUCUGGAUGGAAUAAUGACGACAGAUGCUGCUCUGACAUACGACGCGGUUCAUAUAGUAUCUGUUUGCUAUCAGAGGGCACCCCAGAUGACGGUCAACUCAUUACAGUGCCAUCGACAUAAAGCUUGGAGGUUUGGAAACCGCUUUAUGAACUUCAUCAAAGAGGCCCAGUGGGAAGGGCUGACCGGACGAAUUGUAUUCAACAAAACCAGCGGACUUCGAACAGAUUUUGAUCUUGAUAUCAUCAGUCUCAAGGAAGAUGGCUUAGAGAAGGUGGGAACAUGGAAUCCCAAUGAUGGGUUAAACAUUACUGAAACCGCUAAAGGACGGGGACCAAAUAUUAGCGAGUCACUGACUAACCGCACGCUUGUUGUCACCACAGUGCUGGAAGAGCCUUACGUUAUGUUUAAAAAGUCAGAUACACCGCUUUUUGGCAAAGACCGGUUUGAAGGCUUUUGCAUUGAUCUUUUAAAGAAGAUUUCCGAAAUUCUUGGAUUUGAAUAUGAUAUACGUUUAGUUGAAGAUGGCAGAUAUGGAUCUCAAGAUGAAAAAGGACAAUGGAAUGGCCUAGUCAAGGAACUAAUUGACCAUAAAGCUGACCUGGCAGUGGCUCCACUUACAAUCACCCACAUCCGAGAGAAAGUAAUAGAUUUUUCGAAACCGUACAUGACUUUGGGGAUUAGCAUACUGUAUCGAAAAGCCAAUGGUACCAGUCCCAGUGUCUUCUCUUUUUUAAAUCCUCUAUCUCCUGACAUCUGGAUGUACAUUCUACUUGCUUACCUUGGCGUGAGUUGUGUCCUGUUUGUCAUAGCAAGGUUUAGUCCAUACGAAUGGUACGAUGCUCAUCCAUGUAACCCAGGAACUGAUGUUGUGGAAAACAACUUUACUCUUUUGAACAGUUUUUGGUUUGCUGUUGGUGCAUUAAUGCAGCAAGGAUCUGAACUAAUGCCAAAAGCUUUGUCGACAAGGAUUAUUGGUGGCAUUUGGUGGUUUUUCACUCUUAUCAUUAUAUCAUCCUACACUGCCAACCUUGCUGCCUUCCUCACGGUGGAGAGGAUGGAAUCUGCCAUCGACUCAGCAGAUGACCUGGCAAGGCAGACAAAGAUAGAGUAUGGAGCUGUCCUUGAUGGCGCAACAAUGAAUUUCUUCAAGAAAUCUCACAUUUCGACCUUUGAGAAGAUGUGGGCAUUCAUGAGCAGCAAGCCAUCGUCGCUCGUUAAGAGUAAUGAGGAAGGCAUCCAGCGAGUCCUCUCUUCCGACUAUGCUCUGCUAAUGGAAUCAACAGCUAUUGAAUACAUAACUCAGAGGAACUGCAAUCUAACGCAGAUUGGAGGACUCAUAGACUCAAAGGGAUAUGGAAUUGGGACACCCAUGGGGUCUCCAUAUCGAGACAGGAUCAGUAUUGCUAUACUACAGCUUCAAGAAGCCGAUGAAAUCCAUAAAAUGAAAGAGAGGUGGUGGAGAGCUGGAGGCUGCCCAGAGGAAAAAAAUAAGGAAGCCAGUGCACUGGGCAUCCAAAACAUGGGAGGCAUCUUUAUUGUGCUGGCAGCAGGUCUGAUUCUUUCUGUAGUAGUAGCAGUGGCGGAGUUUAUAUAUAAACUGAGGAAGACAGCCGAAAGAGAGCAGCGUUCCUUUUGCAGUACAAUGGCUGAUGAGAUCCGAUUAUCUCUAACCUGCCAGCAGCGUGUCAAACAUAAAUCCCAGCCACCUGUCAUGGUCAAGAGUGACGCUGUAAUUAACAUGCACACUUUUAAUGACAGAAGACUGCCUGGAAAGGAUAACAUGACCUGCAAUACUGGAUUAACCCCAGUAUUUCCAUAA